AUGCUGGAUUCUACCCUGUCCACUAUUGAGUCAAAGGUAGACGAAUGCCGGGAUCUGCUGGAGCAGCUUGUGGAGUCUGUCAUUGGCUCCGACAUUCACGACGAGCUGACCGGGCUCGAGUAUAGCAAAGUGUUCGCCACUAUCGCAUUCACUUUUUGUUCUCUGCGUUACGUCCAAGAGAAACUGAACGGACACAACCCUGCUAACCAUCCAGUAUCUCGUGACCUGGUGCGUGUAAAGGAGUACAUGCAGGAAAUCAACGACAUUAUGCUGCGGGCUCUAAUUGUGAACAGAGAAGCGCCCGAGGAUAAAUCUGACGGCAGCGCGCAAGAUCGUUCGCUCUACAACACAGCGUUUUGCAUCUGGUGA